UUGCACAGUUUGCUCAUAUUUUUCGAUUGCGGCAACCAUUGCCGUGUCGAAGUAGAAGGAAUAUGGGUUCAAUUUAUCUCGGCGUCUUCACUGCAGUGCUAUUAUUACUUCAAACAAACGUAGCUCAUGGGCAAACUUACUCCAUCGUCCAUCCGAAACUACUGCGAAUUGAUACGAAUGAAAACUUCAUCAUAAAUCUUCAUGGUUACGGGAAUGCUCUAGUAGAUGUUUAUGCCUCGCUCAGGGAUUAUCCGAGAGGGCAGGAAUUUAUUAACCGUAUAAAUCUUCAAGGGAAAAGUGCCGGAAAACCGAUCAGUUUUGCACUCAAUGUACCAAGAGCUAAAUUAGCUUCUGAAACAAUUGCAAACAAGAGAGUCGAAUUGCAUGUUCGUAUCACCAUUCCGAAUCAUCCUCAAAUUAACAAGAAAAAACUCAUUUAUUUGACCGGAGAAAGUGAUUACAUAUUUGUGCAGACGGAUAGACCAAUUUAUAAACCAGGCGAGAAUGUUAGAAUCCGGGUCAUUCCUCUAAAUUCAGAGAUGCUUCCAUUACGUCAAAAUUUAAUGGGAGGAGUUGAAAAUAUAGAAGUGUCUGUUCGGACUAAAGAAGGUGUCGGUAUAUGGAAGGAAUAUAGUAACUUCAGAAGUGAUGCAUUUGUGGCAUCGACAUAUAAAAUUCCAACUGAUCCACCUUUGGGAUCUUAUUAUGUAGUUGCCAAAGUUAAUAACAGCCUCCAUACAUCAGAAGGUUCAGCUGAAUUCAAAGUUGACAAAUACGUGCUACCAAUGUAUAAGGUGACAAUAGACCUUGAACAAAGUUAUGUCAGGCCAAACGGCAAAAUUAAAGCAACAAUAAAAGCAAUGUAUAGUUAUGGUGAGCCUGUUGUGGGAUUGUACGCGUUCUCUGCCAGUGUCGUUAUUCCAGGGAGGCAGCCUGAGGAGAUAUACAAAAGGCCAUCGAGUUAUCGAAAACGACCCAAAGUAUUACUAAAUGGAGAAGCAGAAAUUACAAUUCCGGUUACAAUUCCAGCUACACUUCCAGAUAUGACCUGGGAGAAUUUAAUAGCGGCAAAGGCGUCUGUUUCAGUCACUGUUUCUGUUAUGGGUAAAGCCGAACAAACUUUUGAAUCAGCUCAAAAAGAUGGUAUAUUGAUCACAAAGACACCAUAUCUUAUUGAUAUGUCGCGAACGCCAAAAUAUUAUGUUGGAGGAUUGGAGCAAGAUAUCAAUGUCAUUGUGCGAGAUAUUGUCACAAAAAAACCUGUUCCGGGUGUUCGUGUUGUAUUGGGGAGUGGACAACGUGGAAAUACCGAUGAUAAAGGAACUGUGCAGAUACCAAUAUUCACACCUACUUCAGGAAAUCAGAUUUCUGUAACAGUUAGAACCGAUGACAGUCAAAUUGACAAUGAUGAUCAGGCGCAAAAAAUUUUUACUCUGAAUAGACAUCAAUCUGGCGCGGGAUACUUACGAUUGAGUGCCGAUAGUCAUGCUACAGUGGGUCAAAACUUGUAUGUCAAAUUCCGCGCAAGGGGAGCCAACCCAACAGAGAUUUUUUAUUUGGUUUUGUCAAAAGGAAGAAUUAUACUUUCCGGAAAGCAUAGUCGCAGUUAUUCAACAAGGGAAUCAAGUCAAGCUAUUUCUAUUACAAGAAAAAUGUCACCCAGUAUUAGAGUGGUCGCUUACUUCAUGAAUAGCAACAAUAUGGUGUCCGAUUCGCUGUCUGUUGACAUCGAUGACGUUUGUAUAAGUGAAGAAUUGGCAAUCUCGGUAGACAAAACAGAGAUUGAACCGGGUCAAACAGUGGCUAUCAGCUAUAAAGGUGAGCCAAGGGCGAUGAUUGGGACCUCUGCUGUUGACAGAUCUGCAUAUUAUCUCAAUGAGAAGGGGCGACUCAAUCGCCAUAAAAUGUUCCAUGAAAUGGAAUCUUUCGACAUGGGUUGCUCCGUUGCUGGUGGAAGCAAUGGACUAAAUGUUUUCCAGGAAGCAGGGUUGUCAUUUGCAUCAUCAUCGGUUUCUUCGCCAACACAGUCUAACAUAACUUGUCCAGAUAAAACCUCAUCUAGAAAAAGAAAGAAGAGAGGUGCUUCAACAAUACAGCAAGUUACAAGUCAUGAUGAGCUAUUGCGUCGAAUAUGUAAGCGUGAUGGCCGACAGGAAAAUCUUGCUAACGAAACAUGUGAAGAGCGAAAACUGAGAAUUUUGAAAUUGGACUGGAAUUCUUCGGACACAAAUAUAUGCACUGGUGCAUUCCUUGAAGGUUGUGAAUUGGGAGAAUUUAUAAGAGAUUUUCUUCAAAAAGGAAAGGAGACACAAAGGAGCAGUAGCUCUCAUCAAGGCAUUGACGUCGCUUCACAGCAAAGUCCGAUGAGAAGGACUAACUUUGAAGAAGGAUGGUUAUGGAACACUGAAGUUCUUUCAGGUGGAGGAAAGUUUUCUCAUACACAGCGACCACCUCACAGCAUAACGACUUAUGACAUUGAUGCCUUGUCUGUUCAUAAUACUGAAGGAUUUUGUGUAGCAAAACCAGCUGAACUCAAAGUUUUCAAAGACUUUUUUGUGCAGCUUUAUCUUCCUUAUUCUGUCAAAAUAAUGGAACAAGUUCAAAUCAGAGCUGCUUUUUUCAAUUAUCACCCAACAGAAGAUAGAGAGGUGGAAUUGAGAAUAAAAGGGGACAGGCAUCUUUGUACCCAGUACACUGCAGGAACCUGGUCUGAUGUUGCAUCUCUAACUGUUGAAAAGCAAUCCAGCAAGUCCAUUGUGUUUUCUGCAAUUCCACUAUCCAUUCCUGAGGAAGGAUACACUGAAAUAGAAUUAGAAGUCCUACCAAUGGAUUUUAUCAGAAGAAAAUUAAAAAUAGAGCCAUCUGGUACUGAGGAAGAAUUCUCAGGUUCUUUGUCACUAGAUCCGGAACGAUCGAAUCAACAGAUCAACCUAGAGUUUCCCGAUGAUAACGUGAUUCCUGGAACUAAAAAAUGCUGGAUAUAUGGGCAUAUGAGUUAUCUGGGACCGUUAUUGCAAUUUGAUCCAAUAUCAGAAACGCCGCAAAAUUUGGACAAUUCAAUCAGUCUCCCCCAUGGAUGCGGAGAACAAAACAUGAAAAGUGUGGGACCGAAUGUAUUUGUGUUCAAUUAUCUCAAAUUUAUUCGAGACCCAAAGCCCUCCGAACAAGCACAAAUAAAGACAUUCAUAAUAGAUGGAUACACAAGACAGCAAAGUCACAGGAACAAUGGUAAAUGGGCAAUUUGGAGUUACUACGCUCCUACUAUCUGGUUGAAUGCGUACGUUAACAAAGUGUUCUUGCACUCUCGGGAAGUGUGGUCCGAGAUGGAUAUAAGGCCGAUUUGUACUUCAUUAGACUGGAUUGAAAAACAACAAAAACCAAAUGGAGCAUUUUCUGAACAGGCACAUUCGAGACAUUAUUGGGUUAAUGUUGCGGAAGGCGGUGAGGUUGCACUAACAGCAUACGUUCUUAUUAGUGUAGCUGAAACUUAUGUGGAAUGUCCUGAGAAAUCAUUGAAUAGUCGGAUUAAUACAAUGAUGAGAAAAGCAGAAACAUAUCUUCGUGGGGUACCGAAUCCCGAUAUACCCUAUACAGCUGCAAUUACCGCUUAUGCUCUAGCGUUGGCAGAUUCCAGACACCCUGCAACUCUAGCUGCAAAUCGAAAGCUUCUGAAUUUGAAACGACAAAACGGUGAUGAAAUAUUUUGGAAGGGUCCACAACAAUCUAAUCGAAACAUACCAACUUGGAGACGUAGGAAGCAAACACCAAUUGAUAUAGAAACUACAGCCUACGCACUGUUGGCCCAAGUGAAACUGGCACAAGAAGGUAGCGACAUUAACCAAGGUACAAUUCAGAUGAUCAACAGCAUUGCACGAUGGAUGGUGAAUCAGCAAAAUGAUCGAGGUGGUUUUCAGUCAUCUCAAACAACUGUAGUUGCCAUACAAUCUAUGACAGAAUAUGCCAAAUGGAUUGAAGAUGCAGAACCACAGCCGAGGAAUCCCCAUCUUAAUAUUGUACUAACUGCGCCUGGAAAUCAGGAAUGGAGGAGAGGUUUGCCAUUUAACAUAGAUGAAAGACAUGAAUUUUAUCGUAAAGAGUUAGAGGUUCCUGUAGAAGUUAUUCGGGAAACUCGCGUCAUUCAAGUUGCUGUUCCAAGAGGCGAAGGUCGAGGCACUUUGUCCUAUCGGUGCAUCUACAGACAAACCUCAGAUUCCGAAGUCUGUGACUUCAACAUUAUUGCAACAACAGAACUGGUUGGGCAUAUGGCAGAGGAUGGGGAAGGAGAGGCCGCGCCGGGAGAAGGAAAAAACGUUUUCAAAUUAGUGUUGGAUAUUCAAAAGCUAUCUGAUGGUGAUUCAGGCAUGGCAAUAAUAGAUAUCGGAUUAAUAUCUGGCUUAGUGCCAAUUGAAUCAACUCUGGAUGCAAUAAAAAUUGGCAAUACUGUAGAUGGCCUCAUUGACGAUUAUGAAAUCCAUGACGAAAAAGUUAUCAUUUAUGUUGAGAAGAUUCCAAAUCAAAGCAAAGAUUCUUUAACACUUGGGUUUAAAUUACAAGAGGCAGUGACCGUGAAAGGAGCAAGCCCGGCUAAGAUUGUCGUGUAUGAUUAUUACAAGCCAGACGAGGUCACCUGUAGCAAGUCCUACUCUUUACCAGGUGGGUCACCAACGAUCCGAACAAGUUGCUCUGCGACCUCUAUUGACGAUUCUACUCAACAAAUUUGUAAAUGCGCGGAAGGUGCUUGUCCAACUUGCAGAACAAGAGAAGAACAACUUGUUAAAACUUGCGCAACAAAUAAUCGCUCACCUGAUUGUCACGACCUACACCGAAGCAUAUGCGGCAGAAAUUACGGAUUUUUUGUCAAUGUUACUGAAGUAGACAUUCAUAGUAUGCCACAAUUUGUCAAAAUGACUGCUGUUGUUGAAGAAGUUAUUCACAGAAGGUCUGAGGAUUCUAAUGUCGCAAGGAACAGAAUAAGGACAUUUAUUAUUCGUAAAGAUUGUUUCGAUAGAUGCUCUGUGAAUGACGUUUCUGUAAAGAGCCUUAGUGACUCAAAUUAUUUUGCUGCCGGAAGAUCAUAUUUAGUCCGAGGCAGGGAACCGGAAAAAAUUGUCAAAUCUAGUGGCGGGAAUAGGUUCGAUUAUUAUUUCGAUAAAGAUGCCGUAAUUGAAAGAACUCUGUCGAGAGAUAAGUGCGAGAAGUUUGAAAAAUUCCGCGUCGAGUGCAAGGGACAGAGGAAGAAAAGCCCAAAAUGCAAAAGCAAACUUCAAAAACUUAGAAUUUGUGACAAUCAGGAGGAUAUGAGACAAAAGGUCAUCGAAGGUUGCGAUUGAGGUUCAUGGUCAGCUGAUAUAACACCGAUUGUCUCCAUAUCUACGAUUAGGUUCUACGUAUUCAUGAUUUACCUUCUUUUUUUUUAUUGCAUUUCCAUUGAUUGCCGAUUCAUACAUACACAUUCAAACCUUGAUAACGAGAAGCUACUACAAAUCCAGCUCUAUAUCUGUCUGAUUUAUUAUUUUAGAAUCUGUAUUAUUUUUUCAUCCAAAAUUUGAACCACGGACUUUCCAAAAAAAUGAGGAUCCUUUAUCAAUAUCGUUGAUUUCAGGUUUACCUCGAGGCCUCAUAUAUGUCCUAAUAAAAUAGAAUAAACGGAAUGAGAGCUAUGUUGAUCAGGUAUUUUGUUAUCUGCUUUACCUCGAUACGGUUUGAGCUUAAUAGCUAUUUUCAUUACAAGUAGAUUCAUAUAAAAAUGACGUUUUGGGCAAAAUUCUUUUUGUUUGAGUCAAAUGGAAAUAUUACCGUCAUAAUACCGUAGUUAUUACAA